CGGACAAGAGGAAGUGAACCGUUAGACCAAAUCAAAUUAUUGAGGAAAUAACUUUGGAAAGGGCUACGAUUCCUUAACUAUUCAUGUUCAGGGGGCAAAAAUCACUGCCUGGAAUCGUUAUCUCAAAGCUCAGAUAAUGAUUGGCUAAAAUAUUUACAGAGAAAGGUGAAAGACCACAUUUCCAGCGUGUGCCACCUAUCUUUUUGCGCUUUCGUAACAAGCAAGAUUGUAUUUCCUAUCUGGAAUUGCAUAUGUUGUUACGUAGCCUGUUCUGCACUUUUAGACCGUCUCUCAAAAUACAAUUUUAUGUUUCCGGCAAUAGUUUCAGUCAUGGAUCCAUUUAUUUAUGACUUCCCCUCGGAAGUUUUCGAGCGUGUUUCUGUUUUGUUGGGCUGCAGUCCUACCUCUGAGGAAGUAGCCGCCUACCUGGACAAGCACGACGAACUGCAUUUUAUGCGCGAUAGAUUUUGGAUGCCCAAAAUUGGCGAUCUUCCACCCUCCGACCUCUCCCUCGUAGAUGGCUCACAGGAAUGCAUUUACUUUGGGGGAAACUCACUCGGUCUUCAGCCGAAAAAAGCAAAGCAGUAUAUCGACGAAGAGCUGGAUAAAUGGGCAAAGACUGGAGUUCACGGCCAUGUUCAAGGAGGUCGACCGUGGGCUUGGGCUGAGAAUAACAUAGAAGAACUAAUGGCAACUGUUGUUGGUGCUAAAGCUGAGGAGGUGGCCUUGAUGAAUGGGUUGACAGUUAAUUUGCAUCUUCUAUUGCUCUCCUUCUACAAACCCACUGCAAAACGGCACAAAAUUCUAAUUGAGGACAAGGCUUUUCCCUCGGAUCAUUAUGCUGUGGAAUCUCAAAUCCAACUGCGAGGAUAUGGCCCUCAGCAGAGCAUGCUGCUCAUGGCUCCCAGACCGGGCGAGGAGACUCUGAGGACUGAGGACAUUCUAGACAGGAUAGAGAAGGAGGGGGAUUCCAUUGCGGUCAUCAUGUUCAGUGGAGUCCAGUACUACACUGGGCAGCUCUUUGAUAUGGCUUCCAUCACCAAGGCUGGUCAGAGCAAGGGCUGCUUUGUGGGCUUUGACUGUGCUCAUGCUGUUGGAAAUGCUGAGCUCAACCUUCACAACUGGGGGGUGGACUUUGCCUGCUGGUGUUCUUACAAGUAUGUGAAUUCUGGAGCAGGGGGAUUGGCAGGAUGUUUUAUCCACGAGAAGCACAAACACACCAUCAAACCUGCGCUUUUAGGAUGGUGGGGACAUGACUUGAAAACACGAUUCCAGAUGAAUAAUGAAAUGGAUCUUCUACCAGGGGUCAGUGGCUUCAGGCUAUCUAACCAACCUAUUUUACUAGUUUGCCCACUUCAAGCUAGUUUAGAGGUUUUUAACAUGACCAGUAUGAAAGCUCUGCGCAAAAAGUCUAUCCUGUUGACGGGUUACCUGGAGUACCUAAUCAAACAUUACUACGUCAGGGAUGACACCAACCCUCACAAGCCCUACGUCCACAUCAUCACCCCAUCCAACCCUGAGGAGCGUGGCUGCCAGCUGUCCCUGUCCUUCUCUGUACCCAUCAGAGCUAUCUUUCAAGAACUGGAAAAACGUGGCGUUGCUUGUGACAUGAGGGAACCCAGUGUGCUGCGCGUGGCCCCGGUGCCACUCUACAACUCUUUCAGCGAUGUCCACCGCUUCAUCACCGUUCUGGGAUCCUCCAUGGCAGCCAGCAAGGAGCAACAGAGCUGAGGGGAGCAGUGUGUCAGGUUCAUGGUGUAAGACAACAUCGCCCACUUUCUAUCUCAAUUGUAACGUUGUGGCUUUGAAAGCAAUAAAAGUGCAUGUUCUUGGUCUCUAAUUAAUGGACAUAUGAAUAACUUGGUUCUAAACUGUGGGGAUUAACUCUAACUGCUUUAUAAAAGAGGUAACUGUAAGUGCACUUUGUUAGAUUGAUCAUGCAGGUUUUUCAUUACAAUGUGUGGAUGCACAUUUUGUGUAAUCAGCACAUUUCUCAAAUUGUCAUCAUGACAUCACGUUACACAAACUUUACGGAAGUCUUUAUGGAAUAAACAGGGUCUUCGACUUGUGAUUCUUUUGUCUCAGGCUGGGUGUAGCCAUUCAUAUUUUGUGCUUUUAUUAUCCCUUGUAUAUAUCGGGUGAAGCUGCAGAUAGCACAGCAUGGGGUAGCAAAUGGCAUGAUUGGAAAUCUGAUGAGUGAUCCAUCUCCUCUAAGAUUACACACCUCAGUGACCAGCCGUCCUCUCCUACCAAUUAACACCUACUUUAUUACAUGUUGGGUUGUUCCUAAUGUUCCUGCGUGUUUAUGCACUAUUACCUUGACGGAUUCCUUUUCCACAAUUAGACAUAAUUGGCAUAUCAAUAUGCAAAAGCUAAAUGGAUUAACCUUCUUUAAAACUAAUGAGCACCUCCAUAGCCAGCUGGGGAAUGGACCACAAUUUGCAUUUGUCAUUUUUAGGGUGAUAUGGAAAUAAAUUAUUCAAAAGACACUAGAUAUUUUCUUUUCUUGGACGAUUAAACCUUAAUACGGUUGAUUUAUGAGAUAUUGUUCAGUGACACUUUUAGUAACAGCCAAGAGCAUAAACAAAAACCAAAGAUUCACACAGUAGCAUUUGAAACUUAAUCUGUGAAGUGUAGCGCUACAAUUCUAUUAAAUUCAUGUCGUACGACGUGACCAUAGAAGCCCAUAUUUGUGUUCUCUUAUUGUAUUGUUUGGAUCCAGCUCUAGUGAUAAGGACGCUUAGAGGGAGUGUGGACCGUGCUCAAUACCGCCUAACCCCGAUUCAAUUUCCAUGCAUUCAUUUCCAAAGUCUUUGUAAUUUAAUCACAGAAAGCAGCUUGGUGGUGCUGGGUUUGCUCGCUGCCAAUGACUGAUUUGUGGGUGUUCCAGCACACAUCCUGAAAAUCCAGGAGGACUCAUUGAUUUGCGUUCUUUGCCAGUUUCCCGUAUAGAGGGGAGGGGGGAAGGGGGCUGCAUGUCAUCUGAAUUGCCAUCAGCAGAGGGUCUUGUUAAACAUCUGGCCUUUGACACCAGCCAGACUCCCAACACCAGCUUGGGAGGAGCGAUUCAGCUACUGUGCCAAAACUUCCACAACAUCUGACAGCCUGCUUAAGUAACACUACUGUAGCUAUGGGUGAACCUGGAGACUCUUAUUAGUCUGGAACUGAAGCAGAAACUUCUGCUGAAACGGAAGUGGAGUAGAUAACGAAUCCAAAACUACAGUGUUAGAUAAAUGGGAAUUUGUCUACAGAACUGUUAAAACGGAUCGUAUGGAGACGUUUGGGAAGAUGUCCAUUUCCACUCACAAUACAGCACAACCACGUUUCGUUUCCCAGAGAAAUAAUGAUUUCAGACAUUUUUGACUACUUCCUUAAUGUGAGGUGCUUUCAUUAAAUUGCCCCGUCUCUCUCUCUCCCUUUCUAUGUUGUGUGCAAGGGCAUGUUAAACUUAGCUCUCCAGCCUUAGGCGCUGAGCAGUGGAGGAGUCUGCAGGUAAUAGGAAUUGAGAGCUGCACGCAUCAAAUUUAAUUACCUUAAAUAGCACCCCCCUCAGGCUUAUUUCCACACUUCACGUCUCUCUGAUUUGACAGUUGGAAAAGGUAGCUCCAGAUGCGAGGUAUGGGACUUUCAUCCUAUUAAUUAAUUGUAAGGGAACCAAACCAUGACUGUGACAGACGGUGACAGACCUUAAGUGACCAUCCCCUCUGGCAGGUCUCUGAUGACCUUGGCUCAGGAACUACAUGUUUUUGGAUUAAGUUCUUUACAUUUGUGUUUGUUUUUGACACUGGUAUUCAAACUGCUCACAAUGGUACUUUUAGAACUCACACUGUAUCAUAAUCCUGUGUAUGGAUGAAUAACCGUUUCCCAGUUCUGAUUGUUUAACUUCUUUUGUAUCUCACAGGUGUAUAAACUUACAGUACAUACACUUAGUUUCUUUAAUUUGUUUCCAAAUCAGAAUCAGAAAGAACUUUAUAAACCAAGUGUGCUUACACACAAGGAAUUUAAUUUGGGUUACAGGACACCAAAUAAUAUUUACACUGUACAAUAGCUACGUUAUGUACCCAUAGCAAUGGCAUCAUACAACCAUAUUCUGUAUUUCCCAGGUAAUGACACAAAGGAAUUGGUUGAUUAAUAUUGUAAAGUACACAUUUGAAUAGCAACUUACAUGCCCUUAUGUGGUACACAUUAGUCUGUGUUUUGCAUACAAAUUUGAAAUAGUUUCAAGCUGGCUUGAAUCCAAGAAAAAUGGACAAUAACUUCUAGUUAUCAAAGGUUUUCAUCAAAGGCUGUAUACUUUGGAUAAAGGGCUUGUUUUCAGAAAAUCCAAUUUGAAAAAAGCCUUCAUGAAUAAGAGAAAAUAAAUCUCAAUUGUGGGACCAAAAGAAAAAUGUGAAAUAUUAGGCAAUAUGGAAAGGAGUGCCUAAGAAAGAAAAGGUUUUUUAUGUUUUCAAACAAUUUCAAUCCCAAAUCAGAUACUAUAACCUUGUUAGCAUCUGAGCUUAUUUCCAUAUUAACAACCCCUUCAGAACCUUCAAAGUGAUGAAUAAUUGACAACAAAUGAAAUGUUUUGAUUGUCGUCGCCACAAAGCAUGUUUAAUGUUUCAUAUGUUGCUUCCUAGCUAAUUAUGCAGAUGACACAUUUGUCAGACCCCCAUCCUCAGUUGGUACCAUGAUUUCAGAGGGUGAAUGAGAGGCAGGCUAUCCACAUUGUAAUUAACU